AUGUGGGGCAGAUAUUAUGUCUCAGAGACUCAGCAGCAUAGUUACCAUAGCUUUGCACAAAAUUCCAUCAGUUUCUCUAAUCUGGAAAUGGAAGACAACUAUGUUGAUGCUUCAGAUCCUGAUAAACUAAUACAGUGUCCAUAUGACAAGAAUCAUAAAAUCAGGGCAUGUAGGUUCCCCUACCACCUUGUCAAGUGUCGUAAGAACCAUCCUGAUUUAGUGCAGCAACUGGUCACAUGCCCAUUUAAUGCCCGUCAUCAGGUCCCCAGAGGAGAGAUCAGUCAACACAUAUCAAGCUGUGAUGACAAAAGGUGCAUUGAGCAAGACAUUGCAAGCCAUGGGGAUAGCCGCAGAAGAGAGGUUAAUGUGGUCAGCUCCUGGCAAUCUCCUCCAUGCGAAGAAGACUGGGACAGAGACGUAGCAAGCCAAUCGAACUCUGUCUUCAUUUGGGGCACAAGCCACCAUGGUGAGGCAAGCAGUUCUGGAUCAAGCCCAGCUGUGGGACAUAAGAACCACCUAGCUUCAGGACUACGGGCUCCCAGGUCCCUGCCACAUGUCCUACCAUGGAAGAACAAUGCUGCAAAUUGAGGACUCUGGCAGAAGCUGUCCCUUCCAAUGGCUAUCAAGUGCUCAUUCUCUACUACUCUCUUAGAACGGCUGGACUGCCAAUGAAGAAACUCAGAUUAAACAGUUCCUGUUUGGGUGGGCUAAACUAAACAAGCCCUGAAUAUUAAAAGUCUUAAUCUUAAAUGUGGCAGUUAACAAUCUAGUUGUGUAUGGUAUGUUAAUGGGCAUUAUGAACCAGGAACAACUCUUGUUCCUGGUUCAUAAUGCCUAUUAAUUAACAUAUAAUUAACAUAACAACAUAUAUAAGCCUAGAGAAAUAAAAUGGCUUUUUGCAAAAGUUAAGUGACAGGCGGGAGAAGUUCAUUCCUAAUCACUGGAAAUAG